AUGGAUGUCAUUGCGUUGAAAGUUCAAAGCUUGAAGAGGGUGUGGUUUCCAGCUGGUUAUAGAGUGACAAGGAUUGCUGUCCAAAGGAUCCUUAAUCAUGGUGGUUCAUAUCGCUUCCUUUUGAUUUGGAAACACAAUGAUGAGAUAGUGAAGAACAGGAGAAUUACUGGACUUUUGAAAAGUGAGAUCUGGGGAUGGACACUGUUCUACGCAGCCGUUUCAGGCUUGGCCUUUGGCUCUGGUUAUUAUCAUCUCAAACCUGAUGACAACGGAAUCGUAUGGGACACUUUGCCUGUUCGGUUUUCUCACUUAUCACUCUGCUUUAGCUUUCGUGAAAAUAAUUGGAAUGAGUCUUCUUUAAGUUAUAUUGCCUUGUUUCUGUUCAUAUCAUUUUUCAAUGUUGCUUACGCCAGAGUCUUUAAUGAUCUCCGGUUAUACAUGACGUUCCAGUUGAUUCCGUGUCGGGCCAUUCCCCUCAUAACCGUUUUGUUACCUCCCAAGUAUACUCACUCUAGGUUCUGGCUCUUGGCAACAGCGGCUCACUCUGUUUCCAAGAUCAAUGGAUAUAUCAUCGGUGGACAUUCACUGGGACAUUUGUGUUCAGCAUUGGCUAUGCUUUUACUUACCGUUAUGCUUUUGUAUAGAAGCAUUCGGUUUCAGAGAUUAAGUGAGCUCAAAGGCCAUCUUUGA